AUGGACCCCUUCGCGCGCUUGGCAAUGACCCGAUGGAAGAUCGACUGUCGUCUCGUUUGGGAUAUUGCCCAUCAUCAACCAUUAUCAGUCCUAUUUGCCAAGCGCGACGGAUCUGAAGCUGUGCCGAGUCGAGACGAAAGGUUGGAUCAGCCACCACCGCUUACUUACACCUACAGAGACAGAGUAGCAUCCACGCCAUCCAACCCCAUCAUCAGGUCCCAUACAACUUGUUUCUUAUCCGUCAGGUCGAGCCGGGCUCUCAGACUUCCCGUCUCAACUCCCUCCGGCAAAUCAUGCUAUAACAAACAACAUCGGAUCCGGUCAGCGGCCGGGAUCAUCGAUGCUAGACACAAGUUGGGUCUCAGGCACGCCGCACCGCACCAAGUUGCUCGACUCGACUUGACCGCGGUCGACUUAGCCUACCUUUCCGCUCCCGCCGUCGUCCUCCCGCUUCCCGCUUCCCGCGAGGCGGACGCUAAGGCCACGUCCCCCCAUCACGAACCCACCAAGGCUCAACCCUCAGCUGCCUCAUCCUUGGCAACGUCUUCUAUUUCUGAAUCGGCUGGGAAGCAUAUUAAAGCGAGUCGAGCCCAGACUUUGACCAAGAUUUCCCUUUCGCCCAUCAUCAGAGCCCGGGGCCAGAUCAGCAUUUUCGUCUGUUCUCUAACUGAAGCUGCGGGACAGCUUCUCAUGUCCCCUUCGACAAAUACCAGAUUUUUUGUAAUCAAGAUGGACGGAAUGAAAGAGCCCAAGCCCCAGUGUGGCGCUAAGAAGGGUGGUCAAUCGGCUGAGUAUGAUGUUGGCCUUCACGUUGCUGGUCUUUUUUUGGUCUUGGCCUUUUCCAUCUUUGGCGCUGGCUUCCCAGUUGUGGCCAAGAAGGUCAAGUGGAUGAAGGUUCCUCCCAAGGUCUUCUUCGCAUGCAAGCAUUUCGGUACAGGCGUGCUCAUCGCGACGGCGUUUCUGCUUCCCACCGCCUUCGGCAAUCUCAUGAACCCGUGCCUCCCGGAUCUCUUCACCGACGACUACCCACCUCUUCCAGGUGCCAUCAUGAUGGGAUCCAUGUUCAUUCUGUUCAGUAUCGAGAUGUGGAUCAAUGCCAAGAUUGGCGGCCAUUCCCACGGAGGACCUACUGGUGAUGUGAUGCACGACCACGGUCACGGAGCCGUCCAGCCUGCCCGGCCUCCUCGUUAUGGCCGCAACAGCUUCGAUGCCGAGGCAGACAGCAUUGACUUUGAGAAGCGAGUCGCACAGCGCGCGUACGACGACGAGAAGUCACGCUUCCCUGCGCCUUACUCGGAGACUGUGUAUGGAGCGCCACCACCCGCCAACACCAACUUGUCCGACUCUGACAUGCCGCCUUGGUUCGUCGUUUUCUACGAGCAGUAUGUGCGCCAGCGUAUGGAGAUGAUGAACAUGAUCCGAACCACCCAGGAGAAGCAGACGUCGUCGCAGGUUGCUGUUACGGAGGUCAAGCAGGAAGAUCCGUUUUAUGAUGCCGAGGGUCAACAGGUUGACCCCGCUGUGUAUCGCAAGAUGUCUCUCAACAUUACCAUGCUUGAAGGUGGUAUCCUGUUCCACUCAGUGUUUGUCGGCAUGACCAUCUCCAUCACUAUUGAUGGUUUCAUCAUUCUGCUCGUCGCUAUCCUGUUCCACCAAAUGUUUGAGGGUCUUGGUCUCGGUUCCCGUAUUGCCGCUGUGCCGUACCCCAAGGGCAGCAUUCGCCCCUGGGUAUUAGUCGUCGCUUUUGGCACCACAGCCCCCAUCGGACAGGCCAUCGGACUUCUCACCCGCAGCAGUUACGAUCCCGACAGUGCGUUCGGUCUCAUCAUCGUCGGUGUAUUCAACGCCAUAUCCUCUGGCUUGCUGCUCUACGCUGCUCUCGUCGAUCUUUUGGCCGAAGAUUUCCUCUCAGAGGAGGCCAACCGCCUUCUUUCCAACAAGCAAAAGAUUACUGCCUUUUGCUACGUUCUCGCCGGAGCUGCGGGCAUGUCAAUUUCUCACGCGAGGGCACAAAACACCCAGUCCGGGCCAGUCACGCAAUCAGUUUACACGGCUCGCCGGAACGCCGAGGCUAACUUCAGCCGAUGA